AAAUAAUUGUCAAGGAGGCGAGACAACAUGUUUACGAUGUCUCAGUAUACUUUAUUAUAUUUUAUAUGGUUUUGCUGCUCGUUUCAAUAUGGCGAUGGUUAGUUGCUUAGUGCCUCGAACGUCUCUUUGCUUAUCAUGAAUUUGGUGGCUUUCCUUUCCAUUUCUUUAUAUAAUUCAGAAACAAAGCCUUGAUAUUCGUAUGAUUAUCCGCAAGUGAAUACGAGUUACGUAAUUAUGAGGCUUUGCAUUUGAUAAACAAAGGGUUUCAUCUCAAAGUCGUUCCGUUCAGACAGCCCGAUAGAUUUGGCAAUUGCCGUCCUUCUAGCAAGUCAGAGAGGAAUUGCUGCCAAGAUAUUUUCUUGUCAGUUGACUGCAUACCAGCCACGUUUAUAAAUAUUUCGCUAGGCGAGAUUGAAAUUUCCUUUGAUGGUAUUGUUUGGAUAUUUUAAUUUUUUAAUAUCAUUCAAAGGCUUAUUGAUCAUUAUAAUGAUCGUAUUGCUGUAUGCAUAUAAAUAACAUUUUAAAAUUAACGAAUUCCUUUUGGUAAUAAAGCAAUUAAGGAUUUGUUUUAAGUAUAAUGACAGGAGGACAUUUAUGUUCCAUCUAGAUAGAACAAUUUAAUUGAACAUAAUAAUUAAGGAUAUUUAAUAUAUAUUCCUGAGACUGUAUUGUUAAAUAUAGUCUUAUUUAUUACAUAGACAAGAAUAAUUUUAUUAAAUUACUGACAAAAUUUUAUAUGCAACAACAAUUACAUCUUAAGGCAUCUUAGCUCAUAAAGUAUAAAAUUUGGAGACAAUGGCUGAAACACAGAGAAUGACUGUAUAUGGCAGACAUCCUCCCUGUGCUAGUGGGACUCGUUUAGAGGAACGCCGUGCUAGAAGAUUGGCCUUAAGAUUGGAAAGGAAUCGUAAACCAGACAAGCCUGAAGAUUUUGUUUGUUAUGAAUCAAGUGAUGAUGAAACAGAGACUGUAAGCGAAGGAAAACAAUUUUUAAGAACAUCUUUCAAUUUUGUGGAUUAUGUACGUGCAAGGGAGACGAAUACGAGAGAAGUGCGAAAAAUUAAUCAAGAAUAUGGAUUUCGACAUAUAUUGACUCAUGACUUAUUUAAAGAAUAUUCGGUUAGCUUAAAUAAUAUGAAUAAAGUCUUUUGCUCUCAAUGGUUAAGCGAUAGGCAAGUAGUGUUUGGUACAAAAUGCAACAAAUUGAUGGUUUAUGACGUAGCAACACAGAAAUUAGACCAAAUACCAUCUCUACAUGGAAGACAAAUUAAUUCUGGAGGUGGUGCUGUUCCUGAACAGCAAUGUGGUAUACAUUCUGUUCAAAUUAAUCCCUCAAGAACUCUCUUAUCAACUGGAGCAAGAAAUAGUAAUGAAAUAGCAAUAUACAGGCUACCAACGUUAGAUCCAGUUUGUGUGGGAGAAGGAGGUCACAGAGAUUGGGUUUUUGAUAUGUGUUGGUUAGAUGAUGAAUUUUUAGUCUCUGGAUCUAGAGAUACUAAAAUGGCUUUAUGGCGUAUAGACAAUGAUCUUGCUGAAGCUCCUGACAAAGCUGAUGUCCCUACACACAGGUUGAUUCAACCUGUGUGCGUCAAGGAAUGUAGAUCGGCGCAAAAAGUACGAGCACUUGCUUUUAAUCGAACAUAUAAAGAAAUUGCUGCGCUUACUUUGAAUAGUUUUAUACACAUCUGGUCUGCAGAGACAUUCAGACAAAAAAUAUCUAGGAAACUACCAGCUUGCCAGGAAAAUGUUUGUCUUGCUGUGCAAGAUGAUGGUGUUUACGCAGUGGGAUGUCGCUCUUAUACUUUACUUUUAGAUGCAAGAACUCUACAGCCAAUAAAGAAAAUACCUUCACGGUAUAGUGGCUGUGGAAUUCGAUCAGCUAGUUUUCAAGGUUCUGUUUUAACAAUUGGCACAGGCUUAGGAAUGCUGAUGUUUUACGAUGUUAGAGCUCAAAAAUAUCUUGAGUCUUCGAUUAAUUCUAAUAGAACCGUUGUACUGAAAGCUUCAAAAGGAUACGUGUUUCCAGAUGAAGAAUAUAUUGACGGAUUCCAAAACGUGAAAUAUACGCCAGCUAUAUAUACUCAUUGCUAUGAUGGAUCAGGAACGCGGCUAUUUACAGCAGGUGGACCUCUUCCCGUAAAUCUUUAUGGUAACUACGCAGGAUUAUGGCAAUAAAGUUAAUUGUAAUCAAGUAAAGAAUAGCAUCGAUUUUUACGUAAGUAAUUAUAAGUUGUACAUUUACAUAAAUAUUAUUGAGAUUUUAUCUGGAGAGGUACAUAUACACCUAUUUUCAAAAUUUUAGAAUGUUUUCUUUUUCUCUUGUGUGUUCAUACUUUUAACAUAAUAAAAUUUUAUAUUUUAUUAUAUACAGAAUGAACUGACCACUUAACUUGGUAUUUAAUCUAUGAUUGUACAGACCAUAACCAUCUACUUAAAUCUGCAUAAGACUAUUGAUAUUUUUUAAUAGCAAUCGAAUAAAUACUGUGAUGAAGGAAUCAAAUUUAAUAUAAUUCUGCAAUUAUAUUAGAUAAAGAAAUAUACAGUAUAUUACUGAAUAGUUUUGGAAUACAUGGUAAUUUUCAAAACAUUCGGAAAACAUUGCUAUGAUAUUAAAAGUUGAAUGCAGAGCAUCAUUCUUGGCUUGCAGUAAUCUGGAAGGUAUGAUUCCAAGCUAAGUGAGUAAAAUUGUUUUAUUUUGGUUGGCCAGUAAACAUUUUCAAAUCUAAUUUAUAAGCAGUUCAAAUGUUCUUAUAUUUGACAAGUACACAAGAGAGUAAAAAAGAAUAGUAGGAAAAUUAUUUUUUAAGGUGUAUGUACCUCGAUUAUCUCAAAGAAUAAGCAAAAAAAGUUACAAUAAUUGAACCACGCAUUCAUCGUUUCAAUCGCAUGUACAACCCCAAAGGUAAUAUUCAUUUUAUAGUUUCAUUUCACUAAUUAUAAGGAAUCAUUAGCAUAUUUAUACAUACUAUUAGUAUAAUAGAAAACAAAAUUGUAAUUCUGUAUUUAAAACGAGUACUUGGUAAACAAUUUUAUGAUUUUACAUCACCAGUUUAUUAUAAACAUGAUAAUUUUAUUCAUUAUGUGACAUAAAAUUGUGAGCUAGUACUAGCUAUUAUAUACUGAAAUUUAACUAUUGAAUGAGGAUCUCUCUUAGAAUAUAAUAAAAAUAACUCUAAAAAAAGUUAUUUUAUAAAUUAUGGUUGCUAAUUUGAAUCUUUAUAUUAUCUGCAUACAGUGUGAUUUUUAAAGUGAUUUUUAUAUUCUGCAUUGUAUAUCUACAUCUAUCUUAUCAGGGAUAACAAUUUCUAGAAGUAAUCAACGAAUACUAUUGCAAUGAACAUUAAGUUUUAUUAAAUACAAUUUAUAAAGUUAAAAUUUUAAUACUGGCCUGAAAAAAAAUCAAUAUACAAUGAGUAUUUCAUGUGUAAACUUAUUUUAGGCGAAGAAAUCUUUUACCAUCUAUUUCUGUAUUAUAUAGUAAAAUAUCAAAGUACAUGAAACUUUGGUCAAUGUAUGAACUAUGAAGUAAUGUAUUUCAAAUAUGCACGGCAACUAUUAAUAUUUUGUUAAAUUAAACAUUGAAGACAUGUACAGUCUAUUAUUUUUCAAAUAUUAAUUUUCCUAAGAAGCAUGCUUUUGUUGAUAUUAUCAUACGCUAAUUAAAUAUACUUAUUGUAAGAAUCGGCACUUGGAACGUAUACAGUUACAAUGCAGAUAUUUUAAAUUAUAGCUGCUCAAGUUUGAUCGGAAUCAUUACCCAUACAUUAUAGAACUUGUACAAUGUUAAAGUAUUAUAAAUGUAAGCCGUGUGCAUUUAUGAUAAGGAAUAAUGAUAUAUGCGACCUGUGAUUGUAUAAAUGUGUUUGCUGUAUGCAAUUGAGAAAAUUUGUUUUAAUAAAUGUAUCUUCAUUAAGUGAGGUAUUAACCGGUGACAUUAAUAGCGUGCGAUUAUUUUCAAGUUUAAUUGCUCAAGUUCGUAUUGGAAUAAAAGAAUUAAUUAUGCUUGCGUUUUGGGUGUAUUUGAGCGAUAAAGUCUUAUACACUAAAUUUGUUGUAUACAAUAAAUUUGUUGAUGCAGUAAUGGUGCAAGUACAUUUUCAAUACUUAGCAUAAAACAUUUUAAUGGACAGAAGAAUUGUUGGCAUGAAAAAAAUAUGUAACUGGAUUAUCAAAAUUCCAAUGAAUAUAUGAUAACAAAAUAAAUUCUGUAUGUUUAUAUAUCAACAGAUUAUAAAUUGUUAGCAUAUACUCAUAAAGUCACUAGAUUACAUAAUAGGUAAAAAUGUGUGUUGUAUCUACAAAAUCAUGAAUAGACUAUAAAUAUGUUUGUGAUCGAGCAUAAUGACCGAUUACAUGGAACGCAUUUUAACUUUGACUAUCGCAUGUACUUUUAUUAUGAACGCUACAAAAAAAUAUUACAAAGUAUCAGUAAUUUUGUUUUAUAAUAAUUUUACGCAUUUUUGGUAUUUUAUGGAAAUACAUAAACUUUAACAAUAAUCAUUAAAUUUAAUUCAUUUGAAGUUCUUCGUUUUCAUACAAAACACCUUAACAAUAUUGAGUAGCUGUCUUCGGCAUACGUUUAAUACAAUAUCCAUACUAAAACAUUCUAAUUUUUAUGCUAACAUCAUUAAAACAAGAAAAUCUAUGCAUCGUAUAUUUCAACUCAAUUAAUACAAUAUGAAAAGUAUAAAUAAAUAAUUUUUAUACUUAAAUAUAUGUAUAAGUUAUAUAACAAUUUUGUACAAUUAUAAUAGUUGCAUCACUGUGCCAGGAAAUGUUCUUUUAUAUUAUAUUUAUGUUUAACAUAAGAAUAUUAGAAAAUUCAUGACAAAUUAUUGUAGGAUGAGUUCGAAAUAUUUGUCCUUAUAUUAUGCGUAUAUUUUAUUUUCUUUGUACUAUUGAAGUAUAGUUAAGUUUGUUACACAUUA